AUGUCGCUCCUUGGAACUUAUAUCAUCUCCGAGACAGUCAGAGCAACUUUGUCUCAUGCCGUCAGCAGUGCGUCUGGCACGCACCUCUCUCCAGCACACUUCACUCUCGCCUCCGAAGUGCUCAAGCUUUGCGUUGCGUCAGCUGUUUCCCGUUCUGGCACUCACAAGUCACAUACAAAUCAUACAAAUGGACUAUGGAGAGGGUAUUGGGUGUACGCAGUACCAGCAGCGUUGUAUUACGCCAACAAUCUGAUGUACCUCUGGGGCAUGAGGGUCAGCGCACCAUCUGUGCUGCACGUCAGCAUGCUGGCCAAACUGCCUGUUACGGGAGUUCUGCACCACGUUCUUGUUCGACGUGAGAAUAGGCCCGGUGUCUGGGGUGCGCUGUUGACGAUCUGUGCUGGACUGUAUUUGUUCAACUCUGCCCCAGGAGCAGGAGCAGGAGCGAGUAGCGAGGGUGGAGCAGGAGGGUUUGCAAACGGUGCCAUGCUUGGUACGGCGAUUGCGGUUGUCUCGGCCACCACUGGGAUUUAUACGGAGCUGGUCAUUACACAUGAUGCUGUACCUUUUUGGACGGCGCAAGUGUUGUUGUACGCCUUCUCAUCAGCGAUCGCGCUGUGCACCGUUCUCACGACUUCGGCUUCACUGUUACCCUCCGUAAGCGGUUUGGAUGGAGUACUGGUCUUGGUCACUGUGUUGACGGGAUUGAUCGUGGCAGAGAUAUUGAGGCAGAGAGACACGCUUGUCAAGCUUGUCGGCACAGCAGCUACGGUACUUACUAUUGCGCUUGUCCAGUGCAUUCUCUUCCCGGAGUUACGCCCUUCAACCUUCACACAACGAGGCAUUCUGGGAGCUGGCGUUGUGGCAAUUGGCAUUUGGGUAUGGAAUGCAUGGAAGGUUGAGGGGCAGGAGGUGGAUGACCAUGACGACGAACGCGGCAAGGAGGGGAGGCACAUCCCCGGGAAACCGGUGAAACAGGGAUCGGGGCAGCCCACUGCUAAGAAGUUGGCCGUGGCAGCUACGGCCGUACUUGUUCUUUCUGCCUUCGCUCCCUCCGACCCAGCACGGUCUUAUAGAGCAAGCCCAUCGACAUACGACAGGGACAUGGAGACAUACUUCCGCCCACGCGGACUCGUUCCCUCAGCAUGGGGCACCGAUCCAGCACCGUACACCUGCGUCCACGACCUCGUCACGCGAUACGAUCUGAACGCAGACUCUGUGCCUAAAGCCCUGGCGCAUCCCUCUCAAGCAUGUCCAUUGUAUCCUAUUCCGGACGGCGGCUUGAUUUUCCACGCAUACUGGGCCGGUCCCUGGCGUCCUUUCCACGAAGUCAUGAUCGACUCAUUCCUCGCAACACAGAGACUUGGCGACGGACACAAGAUGGUUUACUGGUAUGUUGGUCCUGGUCCGAGUGAGAACACUAGGCUGAAGUACGCGGGGGGAGUUGGAAAGGGUUACGUUGAGUUCAGGGAGUUUGCCGCGGAGAAUGAGGCGACGGGUACGUGUCUUGAACAAAUGUCAGAGUGGAGGGAUGUGAAGUAUCGAGAGGAGGUGAAAAUGCCCGUUGAGUCAUAUUCGGAUCUCGUGAGAACGCUGUUGCUGGCGAAGUAUGGCGGUGUAUGGGUGGAUUCGGACACAUUGCUGCUGCACGACUUGACACCUCUCAUUCGGACCGGGGCCAAUGCACCAAGACUGGGAUUGAACAAGUGGAACAAUAAUCUGCUUGUCUACGGGCCUCCGGACGCCGGUAUAGGGCAGAAAGUUCUCGAGGUUAGCUGCAGCCUUUCAUUCAACGAGUCCAACUGGCAGUACUCCGAUAGUCUGAAGCCUGAGAGGUGGUACUGGUUGUACAACGAUGGUGCACUCCGCGUUUGCCUCGAGCAUGAGAAUUGCGGAAUCUCCGGCCACCCCGCAUUUCUCCAGGGCGGGACUCGGACAGUCGAGCCUUGCGAAAAGGGUUUGGAUCCGAGACGCUCAGCGUUUCCAUACUCGUUAAGGGGUUUGUGGACGUGGCAUGCGAGGUUGAACUCCAGGGAUGAUGAAUGUAUAAGACCUGAAGCUCAAAAUGCGGUGAUGAGCUUGGUGAGGAGGAUCGAGGAUAUGCUGAAGGAUGGCAUUGAUCAUCAAGGACGGAGCAUUAUCCGAGGUUAUGAAUGA